GAGUGAGGGAAGUACAGAAUUUCUGUGUCUUUUGUCGUAUAUAUUUUAGAACAGUCUUGGAUUUUUUUCUAAUAGGGAGUUCAACUGCAUUUUCUCAAGGCAGGCGAAGCCCAUCUGCCUUACCGAUGUCAUUAAAGUACAGUUCUAUAGUCUGGAGGAAUUGAAGCUCACUUAAAGAGGACGUAUGACGCUUUGGGACUUUCCACAGAGAAACACUGAACAUUGAAAUCUUUUUGGGUUUAACUUUAACAAAGGAAACUGCUCCAGACAUCAGUUCACUUCUCCUAACAUCACGACAUCCAGCUGAGAUAUAGGAUGUUUUAAAGAGGAUUGUGUCUGCUUACUCACAAUAUAGAUCUAUACUGGAAGAGGUUCACAAAGGUCCAACAUGGAGAGCAGACAGUUAUAAUCUGUCCAAACAUGCCUCCUGAACAAAGCCAGAGUAAAUAAAAGUAUCCUAACAUAGGACCAACACCAAGUCUUGAAUCCAUCAAAUGAUGGAGGUCCCUGACUGGAAGGUCCACCUUUUGGAGAGGAGACGAAAAGAUGAAGAAGACUUAAAGAAAAGGGAAAGAGAAGAGGAGGAACGUCUUGCUAAAAUGCCAGCAUGGAAAAGAGAAAUUAUACUGAGGCGAAAGGCCAAGGCUGAAGCAUCUGUAUUAGAGAUAAAAGCUGAGGUGGAUGAAGGAGAGCAGGAAGAGAGUACAAAAAUGGUGAGUGAGGUUCAAGAAGAAAAAGAGGUGCGUGUAUUAAGUGAAAAAAUUGGACCAGUUCAGCAGAAUCCAUUUAUUCAACAGGAGAAGCAGAGAAGGAUGCCUGAGUAUUCGUGUUUGAGGAAACCGCUUCCUGAGUCUCCCAUUUCUGUCACGGUUCGGACAGAUGAUACGGUCAGAGGUUUGAAUGCCACACACGUAGAAGAGGAACAGAAAGCCCACAAAGAAGACAUAUAUCCAUUGCCUGAUGAAGGAACAGGGAUUGUUAGCAGAAUUUUAAGCCGAUUUGGACGUUCAUUUUCAGAAGGGGAAAAUGGUGGGUCAAGUGUGCCACUGGUAAAUGGGGAGUUGGAAAUGACGUCUAAGACAUUUUGUUCAGAUGUUGUUAAAUCUGAUAGUCAAGCUUCUGCAAUGCUUGCUCAACACCCUCCUUCUCCUUCCUGCCCCAGGGCUGCCACGGGAAACCAAACUUCAACUCAGGAAACUUCUAUCUCCUCCCUCACUCCCCCAUACACAUCCACUUCCUGCACUGACUCUGAAACAGCCGUGCUCUCACCCUGCAUGGCCUCCAUGGCCAAAAGUGGACUCUGUGCAAAGCUUAGUAUGAAUGAAGAAGCCAAGCCUUUUCCUUUUCAAUUACGUCCAUCUUCACCAGCUUCUUCUCGACAGAUAAAACAGACUAUUCAGUCUUUAGUAGAUCCUAACAGGUCUGAAGUCCCCAAACAUGGCACAGGGCAAGUCAAAGAGGAUGGAGAAGGGGGGCCAGCCCACAAUAGAGUUAUCUGCAAUCCAUUUGGCAACAAACAAGGGACAGUUGAAAAUCAAGCUAUGCAAAGGAGGAAAGGCAAUACAAUUACAGUUAACCCACGUAAAAUGGCUGGUUGUGAAAAUGGUUUUGUUGCCACAGAGACUAAGACUCCAGUUCCUAAAACAGAUUCUGGUAAAAAGCGGUAUCCAACAGUUGAAGAGAUAAAAGUGAUCGGGGGCUACCAGGCUGUAGGCAGGUCCUGCUUGGCCAAGCACUCCAUUGACAAGAAAAAGUUAAAUAUCUCUUUCCCUGACUCUGAAUUGGAGAGCACAUUUGAGUAUCCCUCAGAGAGCUCCCUCUUAGCUGAAUUUGGACCCCCAGAUGAGCCAGAGGCCAUUACACCCCCUGCUCCUCAAACUGAAGAUGAUGAAGAAGAGGACAGUGUCUUGUUAGGGGGUAUCUUGAGAAGAAAAGCCCUUAUAGUGGAUGAGUCCUGCAAACGCUGAGCGAAUUUCAGAAAUAAUUUUGGGCGGCGCACAAGAGACCUGUGGAAUUUCCAUUCUUACUAUAAUGGGCAUUGUAAUACAACAGAACCUGUCCCAACUUCACCAUGGCCGAGUUUACCAAUGAUUACUGAUUACACAGGAUUGUAACAACCAAAUGCAGCUGGAGGAUAUUAUGUUAAACAACUGACUGAGAAAUUCAAUUAUGCUGAUUAGCAAAGGCCUACUGGAAAUCACAGUGAAACAAAUACUGCUUACCACUGCAUUGCUAAAGAUAACCAAAUGAACUAGGACUGCUUACUAAAGCAAUCUUUAUCAAUGAUCCUGUGUUCUGCACCACAGUUUGUUAGCAAUGGCAAUAGUAGUUCUUACUAAAGCAGUUUAUUCACAUUUCUGUGUAAAGUAACAGUGAUCUGUUCUUUAAUUCAUAAAUUGGCACAGGUAGGGUUAGUUAAACCAAUGUCUGGUUCUGCCAAUAUACAGUAUGGCUAGUAACUGGUGUUAUGUAUCACCUACGUAAUUAGCCUUGCAUUGGUAAUGCUGGCUACAUAUGGACUAAAGUUCUAAGUAUCUGAACAAUGAUACUGUGGUAUGACUAGCUGUUUAUUAAAGCAAUAAGGCCACACAAAUAAAUGUGCACAAAACCCCCCCUUUUUUGUAUAUUAAACAUAAAUGAGCUGCUUGGUCAGCCGAUGCAUUUCUGUUCUGACCAAUACGUAUUCCUCAUAUUGUCGGGUUUGGUUUUAUAUUCUACUCAAUCAACAUUGGGUAGAUUACACAUUAACAUGAUUGUUUUAAUUUUUAAAAGGAGAUCUAAAAUGAAAAAAAAUAUAUAUUGGUGUAAAUGUAUUCCGAGCAAUCCUUUAAGCAAUUUUGCAGUUUUAUAAUUUUAGUGGUGUCUGAGAUAUUAGCAGUUUUAUAUUGAUAGACUUUCAGCUCAGCAUAUCUUUUAGCAGGCCCAGAGUGUAGGGUUGCCACCCAGCCGGUAAAACACCUGCCAAGGCCGGGGCCGGUAUUACAAAUUUACUGGCAAUCAGGGUCCGACAGGGGGGCUACUGUGCGUGCCGUGCGGCACCGCCUUUGGCACGCAUGCGCACAAGCGCCCUUCUCGGCGUGCAUGUGCACAAGGCGCCCCAUCAGUGCACAUUGUGCCGGCGCUUUGCGAAAAUCCUUUUAAAAAAAAAAAAAAACCAAGGAGAGGGGGUCUUGCCCGGCCAGUCAGACACUGCCGGCAAUGUAGUUACCGUCCCCAAUUCGCUCAGUACUUACUUUUUUUUUUCAUGUUUCUGUCCAUCGUGCGUGUUGCCCCGCCUCUUUUGCAUCACUGUGUGUGACUCCGCCCCUUUUACAGCACGACAUGCUCCUUUUUGUUCCCGCCCCCCACCGGCCGGUAACAUUUUUUAGAAAAGCUGGCAACCUUACCAGAGUGUCAGCAACCCUAACUGUGCACUUGCCUAAUUCGGUUAAUCCUCAUCUUGUUGCUGAGCCAAAAGCAUGGUAUUAAUAUCUAAAAAUGCAAAUAUCUCAGAAAUCACAAAAAUAGAAAAUAUGUGAAAACUUUAAAAUGCUCAGAGAAGGACCCUGAGUAAGUUUACCCCAAUUCAUUUUUGAGGGCUUAGAUUUCCUUUUAACGCCCAUAACUCAUUUAUUCUUUUAACACACUUGAACAAGGUAAGACAUACCUUACCAUUUAAUAAAACGUUUUAAAAGUUUUUUUUUUAAUUGACAAUUGUCUAUCACUGAACCUGUUUGUAUCAAACUGUUUUGGCAUUGUUACAAAUGGAACCAGUUACAUCUUUAUCUUGCAUUGCAUCUUGUAGAAAAGUUCAGUAAAAUAUGUUUACACCCACUGAUGUACAAUGGCAGUUUGCCUUCCAAACACAGUUUAUUGUUUUCAAACAAUACCUAAAACAAUGAUUCUUUUUUAAUUGCUUUACAGUGUUUAUUCCCCUGCACAGAGAUAAAGAAAAAACAAACUUAUUUGUUUUCUCCUCAAAGAACCAGUUUAAUAGACCUUGGUGGGACUAAAGUCACAAAAGUGAUCCAAUCAGCAAAAAUGCCAUUGGGAGAACACUGGCUUUCUAUUUUUACAGGUUUUCUGUUAUUUAAGUUUAACAUUUCAUUUUAUACCUGGGGGUUAUUUAUUGAAGUCCAAAUGCAAAAAACUCAAAAAAAAUUAUUUUUUUUACAAUAAAAAUCUCAAAACGCAAAUUUUUCAAGAUUUAUUCUACCUCGAGGAUGAAAAAAAAUCUAUUUCAGGCUUUUUGUGCAAAAAUCAGAAAUAUUCAGACUUUUUAGGGAAAAGGCUGAAAAAAAUCUAGCGUUUCUGGAAAAAAAUCUGGAAAAAUUUUAUGAUUCGGAUUUUCGUUUGAUUUUAUCAAAUUUUUUCCUCGAUCCGGGGAAAUGGGUUUUUUUUAUCAUAAAUAAGGUCAAAUCAUGGAUUCUAGUUGCUCUGACUUUUUUUAAUAAAAUGAUCAGUAAAAUUAGGAUUUUGAUAAAUCCCCCCCCCCCUGGUGUUUCGCAGUUCUGUAAACCAGGUUUCCAUCUCCACUGUUACAAUUUACUUACAUUAGUUUGAUACAUUGCUCAGCAGCAUCAGAAAAAAGUCAGCAACGUGUAACAAUUGACUAUUGUAAAACUCAGGGAUUAUGCUCAGUAAAGCUGAAGUAAAGAAAUGUAUCAACUAACGUAUCAAAUGUAAACAGUUUAGAGUCAGUGCUCCAUCCUCAAAUACGAAAGGGUAAAAUAUAAAAUCUUAAAUUUAAUUAAAAUGAGCUAACUCCACCCCCCCCCACACAAAAUAAUUUUUUUUGGAAGGUAAACUACACCAUUAAAUCUCUUAUAGCCACUUAUGUGCAAACACUAGUUUAAACUAGUUUGAAUCAAAUAAGAGUGUUACCAGCAAGUAUUAAGUGCUUUUUUGUGUACUUUGAUAUUUUUGUAUUUUUUUUAUAUGUAUGUUCUGUUUAUAAAAAAAAAUAAAAGCAAAAAAAAUA